AUGGAGUUACACCACCACGGUCUGUCCCGCGAGAACUCUCCUCGGACCCGUAGCUCCUCUACUUCACCCCGGACGGCGGGUGCGAGCAUUGCCGCCCCCACGGACAUGAUCGUCCGAGUCAUUGGCGCCACCACGCUGACAAUUGUCACCCUCGCCACCACGACGUUGGUCACCACCACCACCACCACCAACACCACCACCAGCGUCAGCGCGAAGGACCUCAACAUUUUGGACGUGGUAGGCGAUCUGCUUUCGCCUGCCUCAUGUUCGAUGUUCGCCCGCAGAAGAGACAGAUUCAGUGGUCAUGGAUCGUUCGACUACAUAUACCCCAAGAUGAUCCUCGGCUUGCAAGAGCACGCCUUCGGUGGGCGUGACCGUGGCUACUUUCCCUUGCGGUUUCGGUGCUCGGGGUCGCAGUAUGACAUGGGCGGACCACGCGCGUUCGGAUUUGGAGGCCCUCAUGUCGUGACGGUCGGCGUGGAGGUUUGA